UCCAAACCAAAAAAACAAAUCCACAAACAGAGACACUUGCAGAAACAAAUUAAAAGCUGCCAAACCAAAAGCACUUGCACUCUGCUCCAGCUACCUAUGCAUACGUAACAUCCUUUACCCAUUUUUGCUUUCCUCCCCUUUCCAGAACAAAAUCUUUUGUUUUUGUUUUUGUUUUAUUUAUGAAAUUAUAAAUACCCCAUUCAUUAUUUCUCUCUUCCAACUUCAAAAUCAUUUAAAGUCUCAGACUUUUCCAUAAAAACCAAUUCAACUGCAAUGGAUAACCACCGCCAUUUUGGAGUUGAUCAUGAUGGUGAUGAUAUUGACGGUGAUGAUGAGUUUAGGUACCUGAUCGUACGGCCAGAGAAGGGAGGACUCAGGGACUUGUUUAGGUACUCGGUGUUGCAAAAUGUAGACAGUGGGGUUCGGUUUCUUGAGGGCUCAGACGAAGAAGUGGUGGGUAGAGUGGCAGGGGAUCACAGAUGGGUCAUAGUGGUGUCCAUAAUUGCCCGGAAAAUCAUAGGCCUUUUUGGGAAGCCUCUGGAGUGGACUGGCUACCUUGUUGACUUCAUCCUCAACCUCUUGUCUCUCAAUGGAGGCCUCUUUGGCUUGCUCAUAACUCUGCUUUAUGGAAAAGUCGUGGUGCCGCAGAGGGGCACAGAGACUUUCAUAAGUACAAUUGGACAUUUUGAUGGGCGGACAGACCUCUACAAGGGUGAAAACUUAGCAGAAACAAGCCUAAAAGCUGAACUGGGUAACAACAGGGCUCUCAUGGAUCUCUGUAUGAUGGCUGCCAAGUUAGCAUAUGAGAAUGCACAAGUCGUUAGAUAUAUCGUGGUUGACCAUUGGAAGAUGCAUUUUGUGAAAUUCUACAAUUGCUGGAAUGAUUUCCAAAAGCAGAUGUCCACCCAAGUGUUCAUGCUUUGUGACAAGCCUAAAGAUGCAAAUUUGAUACUGAUCAGCUUCAGGGGAACAGAACCUUUUGAUGCCGAUGAUUGGAGUGCCGAUUUUGACUACUCUUGGUAUGAAGUUCCCAAAUUGGGGAAAGUACACAUGGGAUUCUUAGAAGCCUUAGGCUUGGGGAAUAGAACUAAUGCUGUAACCUUCUACAAUCAACUCAUAGAGAUGCAGAAAGAAUUCACCUCUGCAAAUUGUGUUGAUGUUAGCCAAAGAUCUUCAGAAGGUUCCAAAGCAUCAUCCUCAAACAUUGAUUCUCACAUGAAACAAGGUGGAGGUGAUCGGUUUAGCAAGAAGAUAGUUCCACCAGACAUGGGGGAGAAGUCUGCAUACUAUGCUGUGAGAAGAAAGCUCAAGAGCUUACUUGAGGAGCACAAAAAUGCAAAAUUCGUAGUUACCGGGCAUAGCCUAGGUGGGGCACUUGCCGUACUGUUCCCAUCAGUGCUGGUGUUGCAUGAGGAGAUGGAGCUGAUGCAAAGGUUGCUGGGUGUGUACACAUUUGGGCAGCCCCGGGUAGGUAAUAGGAAACUGGGGAGGUACAUGGAAGCCCAUUUGAAUUCUCCGGUCCCAAAGUACUUCAGGGUUGUCUACUGCAAUGAUCUUGUGCCCAGGUUGCCUUACGACGACAAAACCUUCUUGUAUAAGCAUUUUGGGGUGUGCCUUUACUAUGACAGCCAAUUCAAUGAACAAAGAAUGGAGGAGGAACCAAACAGAAAUUACUUUGGAAUAAGAUAUCUGAUACCAGAAUAUCUGAAUGCUGUUUGGGAGCUGAUAAGAGGUUUAACAAUGGGCUACACAUAUGGACCAGAGUAUAGAGAGGGUUGGUUCUCCAUUUUGCUAAGGAUUAUAGGACUGGUGGCUCCUGGUGUCUCUGCACAUUGCCCUACAAAUUACGUCGAUUCGGUGAGGCUGGGAAAGGAGCGCAUUGUUCAGAUGUCUUCUUUUUAAGAAGCUUUUCUUGCAGAUGAUGAUAAUAUGGCUUUUAGUCAUAUGAUAAAUAUAGCUCUGGCUUUAGUGUACAAGUAAUGUACCUUGUGAAGUUCUUUUUUACGGUCAAAUUCCUUGUCACUAAUAAAAAAAAUGGACCUAAUAAUUCCUUACCCACAAUUUAGGUGUAUUCUCAUUCCUAAACUGUAGGGAUUAUUGAUGAAUAUAUUUUAGGUGCCUUGAAGAACAAGUACCCUAAGUUUAUCUUCCUCUCUUAAUCAUGCAUGAAAAAGAGGUUGAAACACUAAAAGUACAAAAACUUCUAUUUAUGUUAUAUGCAAAGAUUU